AUGGGGCUCGGGAAGAUUUUGGCAUCAGUCACCCAGCUGCGACAGUUUCACCACCACCCUUUCUCCAACGCAGAACGAGACAGCACUUAUAGACCUGGUGGGGAGCUGUGGAAGAAAGAAGGUGAAGAAACCAUUCUCCUGUGCACAGUGCUCUUACCAGACUGCAUCCAAGAGCAAUCUGUUCACAUGAGGACACAUACGGGCGAAAAGCCAUACAUGUGCCCUAAUUGUCCUUUGCGCUUUGCUCAGAAGGCCCACCUCAAGAAUCAUCUCUUCACCCACACUGGAGAAAAGCCAUUUUCAUGUCAGCACUGCUCGGCAAAAUUCAGCCGCAUGAGCAAUCUGAGAAGACAUUCCCAAACUCAUCAUAUUGCUCUGUCAUUAAUUGAAAGAGAAGGUAUGGUGAACCUUUGGAACAUAGAGCAUUCAACUGUCAAAAGGAAAUAA